AUAUUCUUUGUUCCUUAUGAAAAACUGAUAAAUGCAUGCUCAACUAAAAAUUACACGAAAUUCUGGAUUGUUUUACAACCAGGAUCUCAAGUCUUUAAUCUGUAAAUCUUUAUCAUUUUUAGUAGUAAUUUGGAGAGGAAAUCUUUUGAGCGGGCGAAUGAUAUGUAAAAUUGAAGUAGUUAUUGUUAUUUAUUUAUUUUUUAGUAUAGAUUUAAAUACUUUAACUUUAUAUGUAAAUGAUAAUUGAUAAAAUUUAGAGUAGAUAACAAAAAUUUAUAAUAUAGAGUAGAAAUUGACAAAAGAUAACAAGAAAUGAAACUAAAUUGAAAGAAAUUGAAUUAAAUUAAAUGGAAUUCAA